AAGAUGGCGACUGUGGAACCGGAAACCACUCCUACUCCUAAUCCCCUACCUACAGAAGAAGAGAAAACAGAAUCUAAUCAGGAGAUUGCUAAUCCAGAACACUAUAUUAAACAUCCACUACAGAACAGAUGGGCACUCUGGUUUUUUAAAAAUGAUAAAAGCAAAACUUGGCAAGCAAACCUUCGGCUCAUCUCUAAGUUUGAUACUGUUGAAGAUUUUUGGGCUCUGUACAACCAUAUCCAGUUGUCUAGUAAUUUAAUGCCUGGCUGUGACUACUCACUUUUUAAGGAUGGGAUUGAGCCCAUGGGGGAAGAUGAGAAAAACAAACGAGGAGGACGAUGGCUAAUUACAUUGAACAAACAGCAGAGACGAAGUGACCUCGAUCGCUUUUGGCUAGAGACACUGCUGUGCCUUAUUGGAGAAUCUUUUGAUGACUACAGUGAUGAUGUCUGUGGGGCUGUUGUUAAUGUUAGAGCUAAAGGUGAUAAGAUAGCAAUAUGGACUACUGAAUGUGAAAACAGAGAUGCUGUUACACAUAUAGGGAGGGUAUACAAGGAAAGGUUGGGACUUCCUCCAAAGAUGGCGAUUGGUUAUCAGUCUCACGCAGACACAGCGACGAAGAGCGGCUCCACCACUAAAAACAGGUUUGUUGUGUAAGAAGACACCUUCUGAGGAUUCUCAUAGGAGACUGCGUCAAGCAAUCGACAUUUGGGAGCUGAACCAAAGCCUCUUCACAAGCAGAGUGGACUGCAUUUCAAUUUGAUUUCCAUCUAAAUGUUACUAAGAUAUAAGAGAAGUCUCAUCGCCUUUGUCCUG